CUCUGUUCGCUCCCCCAGCCCAUGCCUGCCUUUCUCCAUACACACUAAUUGACUACAUGGCUGGACUAUUACUAUGCCUCUAAACACACCUGCACUGCAACCAGCACGAGCAGCACCUGACCAGCACUGAGAUACUUCACUAACCCUCAAAUCAUUGAUUUGAUUUAUUAAAGCAGGAGGACAGACAGAGGAGAAGCACAUACUGGAAAGAGAGAGCAUCCACAGCACAUCUGCAAGCGGUCAUAUCAUGAUUGAGAGUGACAGAGAGCUGUCAGCCAUGGUGCAGGAGCUAUGGGACAAUGAUAUCAACAGACUUAAGCCUGGAAAAGACUACAGGAUCUCCCUUCAGGGAAAAGCUGGAGACAUGAACAUCAAUGACAACAAUGACGGGGCGGGAUAUCCACUGUUUACCUUUGUCGAUGAGAACAUUUUCAAAAAGGAGACUUUUUUAGCCUUUAUCUCCCUGCUGGAUAACUAUGAGAGUGACACCGGUAAGCCAGAAAUUGUAACUCCUGAGGAAGUGGCAGAGAACCACAAGUUCCUGGACUCCAUCGUUCAGACUCCCACCAUGAAGAUAGCCCAUAAAUACCUGGUCAAGAAGCACCUUUCGCCUGAGGAUGAGACAGAAUUCAAGAAGCAGCUGUACAGGAUCUGGUUUGAACUUUAUGCGAGGAGAGGAUCCAGCAGGCCAGACUCUUCGGGCUUUGAACACGUGUUUGUUGGAGAGACAAGAGGGGGGAGGACUGUUAUUGGUUUUCACAACUGGAUCCAGCUAUACUUACAAGAGAAGCUGGGCCAUAUUGAUUACAAAGGCUACAGUGUCACUGCACAUUCACCCCAGCCCGAUGAGAACAAACACAUCCUGGCGCUACAGUUUAGCUGGAAGAACGGUAUAAAGCCCAAGGGCAGCAUCUUCAUCGGAGUCAGUCCCGAGUUCGAGUUCGCCCUCUACACUCUCUGUUUCCUCAACUCGCCUAAUGAACGCGUCAAAGUCCAGUUCAGUUUGUACGACAUGGAGAUUGUUUGCCACCACUACAACCAGAAGCAUAUAGGUACCACCUACCCUGUGCUCCUCAGGUACCUGAACCCUCGGUAACUUGACUAGAAAAUACAUCUGACAUACAACUUCCCCAUCACUUAAGCUUGGGUACAAAGUGUCAUAGGUAUUGUUGUUGUCUUUUUAUUUUACAUAAAGAUACAAUAAAACCUUCCAAGAGCUAACUGCAUUGCCUUUGUUUCUGUUUUGAGAGUGUGCUAUGG